CCCCUCCCCGCGCGGGCGGGUGUGGACGCGGCCGGGUCUCCCGCGCGUGUCGUGUCGCCCCCGGCUCCGGAGCCUGCAGCGCGCAGGUACCGCCCGCCCCCUUCCGCCCCUCUCCUCCAGUCCCACCGCAGUGGCGGCUCCGGCUCCGUCCGACUGCGGAUUCGAGGUCUAAGGUGUGGCCGCCGGGGUCACACCCUCCCGGGAGCCACGCGGGGCCGGGGGCGGGUGCCGCAGGGUGUGACCAGCCUUCCUGCCGCGGCCAGCGCCCGACAUCCCGCGCCUCCGCUGCUGCCAGCGCGCGCUCUUGGGGUGGCUGUGGGCGUCCAGGGGCCGGGCUGGGCGCCACCUUCGCCCUGGUGCCACCUCCGAGCGCCGCAGCUGCGCGGAGCCCACCGCUCCCCCACCGGCCGCUUGGGGAGCCCUGCGCGGUGGCCGGCCCAGCCCAGUGGAGGCGUCCUCCCGGCCGGGCAGGAUGGGCUCCGGGCGCAGGCAGAGCCCCGGGUCCCCGCCGGCCCCCGCCCGGGGCGCCUGCCUCUUCCUCCUGCUCUGCCUGCGCCUGGGCGCCCCCUGUCCGCAGGCCUGCGAGUGCUCUGACCAGGCAGGGGCUGUGGCCGUGCACUGCAGCCACAGUGACCUGCAGGAGGUCCCUGCGGACAUUCCCGCCGACGCGGAGCUCCUGAAGCUGGACGCCAACAGGAUCUCCCGCAUCCCGGACGGCGCCUUCCAGCACCUGCAGCACCUGCGCGAGCUGGACCUGUCCCACAACGCCGUGGAGACCAUCGGCCCCGCUGCCUUUUCCGGCCUGGCCGGGGGCCUGCGGCUGCUGGACCUGUCCCACAACCGCAUCCGCAGGAUCCCCAAGGACGCCCUGGGCAAGCUGAGUGCCAAGAUCCGCCUGUCCCACAACCCGCUGCACUGCGAGUGUGCCCUGCAGGAGGCGCUCUGGGAGCUGAAGCUGGACCCCGACUCGGUGGACGAGUUGGCCUGUCACACCUCCGUGCAGGAGGAGUUCGUGGGCCAGCCGCUCAUCCAGGUGCUGGACUCUGGCGUCAGCCUCUGCAGCGCCCACCACAAGACCACGGAUGUGGCCAUGCUGGUCACCAUGUUCGGCUGGUUCACCAUGGUCGUCACCUACAUCGUUUACUACGUGCGGCACAACCAGGAGGAUGCCCGGAGGCACCUGGAGUACCUGAAGUCCCUGCCCAGCGCCCCCAGUCCCAAGGACCUCGGCAGCCCUGUACACUAGAGCCUGAGACCAGCAGGCCACUGUCCGCCCCUGCCGUGCACUUCCUGGCAGGCGGAGACUAACGUGUACCUGUGGUGUCCCCAGGCAGACGGGUGUGUCAGCAGCUCCUCCAUGUACCGGCUGGUCACUCGGUGGGGGAGGAAACCGAGGCUUGGAGAAAUGGGGACUCUCAGGACCAUGUGGUCAGGAUGUGUCCUGCCCGGGAAAGGAGCUCAGGCCACCCGUGGCAACUUCUGUGCCCCUCCCCUCCCAGGGGCUAUGCACCUGUGGGCCACAGAUACUCAAGGAGCUGGCUUGACUUUGUUUAACCCUGAGCACCCUUGGUGCAGGUGUGCGUCCCAUUUCCAGAGCAAAAUCCUGGGGCCCAGCUUCCCCAGGGAGAGGGGAGGGUGGAGCAUGCACUGAACUUGGCUCCUGGAAUGUUUGAGUGAACUUUGCAGGGAAGUUUCAGUCCACGGAGGGGGAAACAUGGAGGAAGCCUGAGGAAGGUGCAGACAAGCACAGCCCUGUCCUGCAUCCCACGCUGUGGCGAGCCUACGCGGUGGAAGGAAGGUCUGGACCUGGUCACUGCCAUGCCAUGCACUUCCAAACGGCCCUUCUCAGGGCGAGGGGACCGCAGCAGGACCUCUUCGGCUAACCCACCCGAUGCUGCUUUUCCUUGGCAACAGGAGCUUCCUCUCUUCACCUUUGCUGCCAGUGAUCUCAGAGCGCAUUUACUGCUCAGUUUUCUUACAUCUAUUACUUCAUGUUCAGGGUAGAUGUUACCACCACCUAUAUGACUAACUUUACUUUUCACCAUCUUUUUGUUUGAGUGUUUGUAUUUAAACUGCUUCACAUCUCUUUUUGAGGGGUAGCAAAUACGUGUAAGUUGUGUAUGGACUUAAGUGUAAAGCGGAGAUGCCUGGUCGAACAGAA